AUAAGUUGCUUAAGAAUCCUUAUUUCUCUUUCAGUACUAAAACCUUCUAUUCCUCUUUGAUUUUCUGCUUCAAUUAUUUGUUCUCAAAUGAAUUUGGGAAACGCAGUUGAGUUCCUUUGCAACAAAACAAUCUUAGUCACUGGAGCAACUGGCUUCCUCGGAAAAGUACUAGUGGAGAAGAUACUUCGAGUUCAGCCAAAUGUGAAGAAAUUAUAUCUUCUUAUAAGAGCCAAAGACAACAAGUCAGCACUUGAAAGACUACAUGAUGAGAUCCUAAGGGAGGAGUUGUUUCGGCUUCUGAGAGAAACACAAAGUGCAGAGUUCGAUUCUUUCAUAGUUGAAAAACUAGCUCCGGUUGAUGGUGAUACAUCAUUAAUAAAUCUUGGAUUAAAUGACAACAGCUAUAUAAACAAAGAAAUUGAUGUUAUUAUUCAUGGAGCUGCACGGACUAGGUUCCAGGAGAGGUAUGAUUCGGCUUUGGGAAUCAACACCCUUGGUGCUAAAAAUAUCUUGCAAUUCGCCAAGACGUGCCCGAAAUUGCAAAUCCUUGUUCAUGUAUCAACUGCUUAUGUGAGUAAACAAAAGGCAGGGCUUAUUCCAGAAGCAAUAAGUGGAAUAGCUGGAUUGGACAUUGAUGAGGAAAAAAAAUUGGUUGACCAAAAAUUGGAUCAUCUCACAAGCAAGGGAGUUUCCACAAUAAAAAUCCGAGAUAGCAUGAGACGAUUUGGCCAAAAAAGAGCAAAAUUGCAUGGUUGGCCCAAUACUUACACAUUUACAAAAGCAAUGGCCGAGAUGCUUAUUUGUGAACACAAAGGAGAGCUACCAGUAGUUAUUGUUCGCCCUACCAUGAUUUGCAGCACUUUCAAAGAUCCCUUUCCUGGUUGGAUCCAAGAUAAAGGAAGUAUGGCCAUCCUUUCUGUGGUAUAUGGCAAAGGACUCGUCUAUUUUACACACGCUGAUGGUAAUACUAUCCUCGAUAUGAUCCCAGUUGAUAUGGUGGUGAAUUCAACAAUUAUGAGUAUGGUGGCAAAUGCAAACAAACCUUGUCUAACAAUUUAUCAAGUGGGUUCUUCAUUGCGAAACCCUCUAACUCUAAGUAAGUUAGUUGCCACCAACUUUCAGUACUUCAUCAAAAACCCGUGGAUCAGUGAAGGAAUGCCUGUGAAGGUUAAGAGGUCCAAAUUAGUGAAGUGUCGACUUCAUUUUCUAAUGCUUAUGCUCCAGCAUAUCUCGAAGUUAAUGAUGUUGAAAUUAGUGGAUACAACAUUUUGCCAUCGUAUCAAGGUUAACCAAGAUAAGCUUGAGAUGGAAUUAAAAGUAACAGCUCAAAUGGCAAUGACUUUCAGACACUAUUUGAUCUUUCAUGGCAUCUUUGAUGACAAGAACACCGAGAAGCUAAGGAUAACAAUGGCCAAAGCUAAUAAUGUAGAGAAAGAAAUUUUCAACUUUGAUCCCAAGUGCAUUGAUUGGGAAGACUAUCUUCUCAACAAUUACAUUCCAGCAAUUGUUAGAUACUCAUUCUAAUGUUGUCGUUUGGGUUACAAGUUAAUCCCUUUUAAAAAUAAGAUUUCCUUGCUUUAUACUAUUAGAAUAUUGUGAAGAUAAUUUCGGAUGCAUCAGUUGGUGAGGAUGGUUGGACAAGAUUUGGAGGAGUCGUAAGAGAUCACUUGCGUAAUGUCAUCUUCUCUACUGUCCGUCGUCUCAUCAGAGCGUGGUGGCCUCUAUUAAGGAAAUAUUGUGAUAUAUUUUCCUAUAUUUGUUAUUAUCUUUUAGGAAUAUCUUGUAUAUCUUUUAUAACGUGAUUUUAGGAAGUUGGGUGUUUUAGGGUUCUUGUUAGCCUUGUAUAUAUAUGGCUGUACAUUCUGUUUUACGGAUAUACAAAAAUAUACUCCUAAAACACAUCUAGCUUUCUGGUUCUUAACAUGGUAUCAGCUUAACCUCGUUCUUGGGUUGUGCUUGUUUUUCCGCUGCGUUUCUUUUGGUUCCUUCGUGUACGUGUACCCUCCAUGGCAGGGGGUUCCGACGCUGCUCCCCAGCCUUCUGGUUCUCGCUAUGAACCUUUCACCGAGUAUUAUUUGCAUCCCAGUGAAGGUACGGGUGCGGUGAUCAGUCCUAUUCUUCUUAAAGGCGACAACUAUGAAGCUUGGUCUCGGUCCCUUCGUAAUAAUUUGCGUGCCAAAAACAAAUUGGGCUUCAUCGACGGGACUAUUACGGUACCGGAUUCCAAAUCUCCUGAUUUUUCUCAAUGGGGUAUUGUUAAUUCUAUGCUUGUUGCUUGGAUUUUUAAUACGUUAGAUGUGUCUAUGCGUUCUACUAUGCGUUUUCCUGAUAAUGUUAAGUCCCUGUGGGACGAUUUACGUGAUCGUUAUUCCCUUGGUAAUGGUCCUCGUAUUUUGGAGUUAAAGAACCAAAUUCGAGAUUGUCGUCAAAAUGGUCGUUCGGUUGCUAUUUAUUUUGGUGAAUUACGUCAGUUGCAAGAUGAAUUGAUGUCUUAUAGUAAACUGCCAGUUUGUACUUGUCUUGCUGCAUCUGAGUACAUCCGUAUUCAAGAAACCGAACACUUGCAUCAGUUCUGUUUGGGUUUGGAUUCCAAGAAAUUUGGAACGUUGGUUUCUGGUUUACUAAUGCAGGAUCCUCUUCCUUCCAUCAACGUUGCCUAUGCGAAAAUCAUAUCCGAUGAAAGAAAACAGUUGGUUUCGGCUUCUCACGAGUAGACCGAGGUUGAUGCCGUUGGGUUUGUUGCCUCGUCAUCUACUGCUGUACGUUCUCCUAGUCUGCCGCAAGGAGAUGAGCGUGUCUGCAGCCAUUGUGGUCGCAAAGGCCAUCUCAAGGAAACCUGCUACGAGAUCGUGGGCUGGCCUGCUGGUCGCGGUCGCGGGGGACGCGCUGGCAGGGGGGGUCGUGGUCGGUCUGCUGCACGUGGAGGCUCACAAUUUGCGGGCAAUGUUGGCAGUAGUCCUCGGCCUUCUUCUUCUUCAUCUGUGAGUGAUAUCGAUCGCGCUAGCACUCCCACCCUUAGUGACGCACAAUUUCAGCAACUAAUAGGUGCUCUUAAAGGUGUUCAGGUGUCUUCUUCUUCCGAAAAAUUAAGUGGUAUGUAUGGUUCCUUUGAUUGGUUAAUUGAUUCGGGUGCUUCUAACCACAUGUCUGGUAAUCUUGAUGCGUUUAUUGAUUUACGGACUGUAUCUUCUCGUGUUGGUUUACCUAAUGGGAAAAGUAUUAUGGCUACUAAAGCAGGGACAGUUGUUUUGUCGGAUGGUUUUCAGUUGGAAAACGUUUUGUAUGUUCCGGGUUUUACAUGUAGUUUGUUGUCCGUUUCUCAGUUACUUGAGCAACAAAAAUUAAUUGUAAUUUUCACUAACAAGUUGUGUUUCAUACAGGACCUUACCUUGACGAACCUGAUUGGAGCGGGAGUGCGGUCUAAUGGGGUCUAUAUUUUCAAGCCAGUUGGUAGUUCGUUGUCUGCAGCAAAUAAAGUGGUCAAAUUGGAUGAUUUGAGUCUUCUGUGGCAUCGUCGUUUAGGUCAUCCGUCUCUUAAAGUUAUUUCUAGUUUGCCUGGUUUAGCUGGUUUGUGUUCACAACAUUGUGAUCUUGAUUGUACGAUUUGUUUUAUGGGGAAACAACCUCGUAACUCUUUUUCUUUAAGUACAAAUAAAGCUGCAAGCAUAUUUGAUUUGAUUCA